AUGGAUCUCAGCGAGCUGGAGAAGGACAAUACGGGCCGCUGCCGCCUGAGCUCACCUGUGCCCGUGGUGUGCCGCAAGGAGCCCUGCGCCCUGGGCGUGGAUGAGGCGGGCCGGGGCCCGGUGCUUGGCCCCAUGGUCUACGCCGUCUGUUAUUGUCCUCUGUCCCGUCUGGAAGAUCUAAAGGCUCUGAAAGUAGCAGAUUCAAAGACUCUGUCAGAGAACGAGCGGGAACGGCUCUUUGCAAAAAUGGAGGAAGACAGGGAUUUUGUGGGCUGGGCACUGGAUGUGCUGUCUCCAAACCUCAUCUCUACUAGCAUGCUUGGGCGGGUCAAAUACAACUUGAAUUCCCUGUCCCAUGAUACGGCAGCCGGGUUGGUGCAGUAUGCGCUGGAUCAGGGCGUGAAUGUCACCCAGGUAUUCGUGGACACUGUGGGAAUGCCAGAGAAGUACCAAGAGCGGCUGCAGCAGCGCUUUCCUGGGAUUGAGGUGACAGUCAAGGCCAAAGCAGAUGCCCUUUAUCCUGUGGUCAGUGCUGCCAGCAUCUGUGCCAAGGUGGCCCGGGACCAGGCGGUGAAGAACUGGCAGUUUGUGGAGAAGUUGCAAGACUUGGAUACUGAUUAUGGCUCAGGCUACCCCAAUGACCCCAAGACAAAAGCGUGGUUGAAGAAGCAUGUGGAGCCUGUGUUCGGCUUCCCCCAGUUUGUCCGAUUCAGUUGGCGCACAGCCCAGAGCAUCUUGGAGAAGGAGGCAGAAGGUGUCACGUGGGAGGACUCCGAAGCAGAAGAUCAAGAGGGACUCGGCAGGAUCACAUCUUACUUCGUCAGUGAAGGUCCCCGUUCCCGCCUCCCUCACCGAUACUUCCAGGAGCGCAGUCUGGAAUCGGCCACCACCCUCUAA